CGUGCUCAGACUUGGGAAAACAUUUUAAAAACAGGCGGUUUUUCCCCAAGAUUGCAGCAUUUUUUGCUUUGGAUAUUAUAAUUUUCUAUAAUUUCCGUGAAUGACCGCAUCUUAAAGAAAUAUGAGUGCUUUUCUAAGGCCAAUAAGAAAUUCAAGGGGGCUAUGGCAUACAUUUGGACGUGGGACUGCCCACCGGMUCAGCUGUUCGACAUUGUUGGCUUCAAAAAGAGAACUUGCAACUGGAAAUAAGGAGGAGCUAAAGAAAACUGUUCUCCAUGAUUUCCAUCUUGAGCAUGGUGCAAAAAUGGUCCCUUUUUGUGGAUGGUCCAUGCCUGUCCAGUAUCGUGAAGGUGUCAUUAAAUCCCAUCUUCAUGUCCGUGAGCAUGCAGCAAUUUUUGAUGUCUCGCACAUGUUGCAAUUUAAACUGCUUGGCAAGGAUAGAGUAAAGUUUUUGGAGAGUCUUGUAGUAGCAGACAUUGAAGGUCUUGCAGAAAACACUGGGACAUUGUCAUUAUUUACCAAUGAAAAUGGUGGAAUUAAAGAUGACUUGAUUAUWAAUAAAAAASCYGAUGAGCUGUAUGUUGUUUCUAAUGCUGGAUGUGCAGAUAAGAUUACAGCACACUUGAUAGACAGACUUAACAAUGUUUCAAGUAGUSAAGAUGUUGCACUUGAAUUAUUAGAGGAUAAAGGCCUUAUUGCAUUGCAAGGUCCUAAAGCUGCAAAGGUUCUCCAGGGUGGUGUAGAAGGGGAUAUAUCUCAGUUGACUUUCAUGAAUGGCGUCACUGCWGAGGUGUUUGGAAUCAAAGAUGUUAGGAUCACCAGAUGUGGUUAUACAGGAGAAGAUGGUUUUGAGCUUUCUGUUGACAAAGAUCGUACAGUUGACCUAUGUAACYACCUCAUGAAAAACCAGGAAGUAGAGGUGCARCUCGCUGGUCUUGGUGCACGGGAUACCCUUCGCUUAGAGGCUGGUUUAUGUUUAUAUGGCAAUGAUAUUGAUGAAGAUACUACUCCAUCUGAGGCGGUACUAGUAUGGACAAUAGGAAAAAGGAGAAGACAAUCAAGAGACUUUCCAGGUGCUGAAGUCAUUUUAAAGCAAAUCAAAGACAAACCAAAGCGCAAGAGAAUAGGACUAAUUUCUACUGRUGCCCCAGCUAGAGGAGGGACAAAGGUCCUUGAUGAGGAAGGUAACACUGUUGGUCAAGUGACUAGUGGUUGUCCUUCUCCAAGCUUAAAACAGAACAUUGCMAUGGCRUAUGUUGAUGCAAGCAAAGCCAAAWUYGGAACACCUCUUCAACUAGAAGUCUACAAGAAAAAAAUUACUACAAAAGUUGUAAAAAUGCCAUUUGUUCCUACAAACUACUAUUUUGGAAAUUAAUAUAAAGACAACUAAUUUUUUAAAACAAUAUUGAAUGGAAAUAAAAUAAGUGAUUUGUAAAMAGUUGUCAAUAAUGAAUGGAAAUAAAAUAAGUGAUUUGUAAAA